AAAAAUGCUCCUCCUUUUGAACUUUCCCAAAGACCUUCUAGGAAGAGAGACUUGUUCAAGAGACUUGUUCCCAAAAAUAAACAUAGCUUCUCAUUGGCCAGACCCUGCAAAAGGACCCUAAAUCUUGUGUUCCAAAUUCCAGGCCUGGAACUUUAGUCCGUACGAGCCCCUCCCAGCAUCAGCCCUCCUCCAGAGACUCCUGGACAAAACGUUGUGAAAAGUAUACUUCAUCUUCGAAGAUUAAAGAAUGAAUUCCUUGGCUGGUGAUAUAGUCUUUCUCCUUUGAAGGGAUGUAUAAUGCAUUUCAUGAAAGUACAUUGAAACAAGAUUUACUCGGCAUGAGAGAAUGACAGACUCUGAGCUGGCCCCGAGGAGUGCCCUGUGUUUCCUAUCAACUUUGCCUUCUCAAAAGAUUCCUGAGAAAUCAGAUCUUGUUCUUCGAUGCACAAUAUCUGGUCAACCCAAGCCAGAAGUAACUUGGUAUAAAAAUGGUCAUGCUAUUAGUGAAUCAAAUAUCAUUUCUAAUUAUGAAAUCUUGGAGAAUCAGUAUAUUCACAUGUUACAUUUAUAUAGCUGCACCAAGAAUGAUGCUGCGGUUUAUCAGAUCUCUGCUCAAAACUGUUUUGGAAUGAUUUGCUGUUCAGCUUUUGUUGAAGUUGAGUGUUUUUCAGAGAACCCACAACUCAAUCCUAACCUGAGAGAAGAUACUGCUAAGAGUUGUAAGGAUAAGACUGAGAUUUACAAGAAGGACAACUCACAUCAAGUUGAUGAUAAAGAACAAGUUUUCCAGGAGGAAGAGAUUGCCACUGAGGACACUUCUAUUCUGUCUGGUUCUUCUUUCCCUCAACUUAGAGACUUCUGCUUCUCACAGUUUUACUCCAACAAUGAUAAUAAGACACAGAGUCCUGAAAAAGACACAGGUGUCAAAAGCACUAUUCAAACUCCAAAGAAUUACUCUAAUCAUAAUUACACAGAGGAAAAUACAUUUGAUCUGCUUUCCCCUAAAGACAGGGAUGAGACAGACAGACUGGAAAAAUCUUGCAGUGAGCUGGUACAUUCCAAACCAUCAAGAUUAAUUGAUGAUUGUAUGGCCAGUUAUGGUCAUAAUGAUGAAGUCUUACCAUCUAGUCAUCAAGACCCUAAAAUACAGAAAUAUAUUAGCUUUAGCAUGGCGUUGUCUGAGGAAACCACAUCCAUUUAUCCAGUGUACAACUCCAUAACCAAGCAGAAUGUUUCCCCAGAGAUUUCCAGUGAAGACUCUGACACAGAUUUUGAACUCUGCCCAGAGAUAAACCUAACCUGCACUGAGGAGUUUUCAGAUGAUGACCUUGAGUAUUUGGAAUGUUCCGAUGUUAUGACAGAUUACUCUAAUGUGAUCUGGCAAGAGGACCUCAGAGGGAAUGACCCUGUCUUUUUAUUAGAAAGAGAUGACGAAGAGACAAAAUUCAGAGAGGGUUGUCUGGGUGGGUGUGAGCAUUUCCACAGUGAAAUGGCUCAUCAGUGUCAGGUGUCAGAUAACAUUGUGCCUAUGGAUACCACCACUGGCUUCUGCGAUCAUCACUCAAAACUACAAGAAGUAGCUGGAAGGAGCAAUCUACCCAUUUCCAAUCAAUCUGCCUUGCAACCAGGAAUGACUCUUACUUUGGGACACUCUCAAGAUGAAACAUCCCCAAUGAAAGACCAAGAGCGAUAUAAGCUCCCUGCCGCUUCUCCAACCAAUGACAGUGAUCAACCAGGAAUGAAAGGAGAAAAUGCAGAUAGUCACCAGGCAGGAGAGUACCUUGCCAUUGACAGUCUGAUGAACAUGGAGAAGACUCCUAGAGAGAUGGUGCCCCAGACUCAUGAGCUAGAAAAGCCAGUGACAAACCAGCCUGUGGAGAACCUAGCAAAGAAAAGUGUGCAGGGAGACCUGCCGUGGAAGAAGGGCUCACAGAAAUUAGUCAGGGUGAGAAGACCAGGGAGCAAAGGGAAACCCAGGAAGCCAAACACCAACCUGAAAGAAAAUGCAACAGAUGGCACGCUUAACCUCCCAGGUCCUGGAGAAGUCAGGAAUCUUGAAUUUAGCCAAGGCGAUACAAGAGAAAGUUUUCAUGAAGAGGCAGAAGUUAUUCAUCUUAAUUCCCAGUUCCAUGGAGGAGAAUAUACCAUUUCGACCCAAGCACAGCAAGAAACAGAAACCCUUCCAGCGCCAACAGAGUCACUUCCCACAAAAGGAGAGACAGAAUGGAAGAAGAAAGGGAAGGGUACUAAAGGCCUACUGGAGAAAGACCAAGUGGUAAACCAACAUGCCCAUCCUCAGAUACAAAGGGAGGAAAACAAAGCAGAGGGUGUUACCAGUAGUCACCUGCCAGUCUCUUCAGAGCUCAUGAGAAAUUCAGAAUUUCUGUGGAAAUCUUCUGCCUUAAGUGGGACCAUAAUAAACUCCAGAGACACUCUGCAAAGUAUCAGUGAUGAAGGUGGAUCAGUGACCCAACACAUACAGCUGGAAGGCUGCUCUCCAAGGCCACAACACCAUGAGACACAAGACCAAGAAAAUGAUAUCUGCCAUCCCAAAAGUCCCAGGGAAGACAAACCAGAUGAGCAAAUCAACUCUGAGGCCAGUCAUGAAAAUGCAUUAGACUGUGAACUCUUAGCCCAUUACCAGAGGAUAAGUGAUGCUGAUCUUGGGGAGCAAGAGAAUCUAUAUAUUGCUUUGGCAGAAGCUUCAUAUGAUCUUCUGACAGUAGCACAUUCCCUCAGUGCACCAAGGGAUGCAGAAGAACCAUUAGUCAUGGAACUCCAUGAAACAGGUGACACAGAAACAGGAUGUGAUCCCAAAGAUUUUCCCUCUCCAAUGCUAGGUGAUGACUGUUUGCCUCAAGAAGAUUGCUCUAGGGGCUCAGAGCUGGCAGAAGGUCAAUGUGAAGCAUCUGAUUUAUGUUUGCUCAGUGACAUGAUAACUGAACAACUUACUGGAGCACAGGCUGCUGACUCAUCUUGCCCAACAUGUGAAAAUAGAGAGGCUGCAGGUACAAACACAACACCAUAUCCCAUGAACAUUUCCAUGGGAAGCAGCUUGGAAAGGUCAUAUGAAAAUGAGAUGAAAGAAAAGAAGCUGGAUAACAGAAAAAAACUGACUAGAAUGCUAAAAGCAGACCAAGAAAGUAAUUUAGUCAGUACUUGGAAGGACCACAUUGUUACUCCAGAGAACAACUGCCUUUCCCAGCUCCAAAAAGCAAGUGAUGUGACACUCCUUCUUGGAACUGAGGAUGAAGCAGAGACAUCUUUACUCUGUGGAAUGACUGCAGAGCAUCCUGAAGAGAAGUCAACUGAGAUUCCAACUGAAAAUAUCAGGAAUUCUCAGAUUUCCAGUGAUGGGGAGGAAACACUUACUCUUCAAACUAUUGGUAAAGAUCAUCAGGUCAAAUAUCUUGCUGUUUCAAUUGCUCAAAACAAUCACUCAGAGAGAACUAAAGAAAAUUUUCCUGGGGUGCCAGCUGGAAGCAUUACUCACCUUCAUUCUGAUGAACAGUCUGCCCCUGCUGGAAAUGACUGGGCAACUAAGACUUCAGAGCAGUUGACCCUCAAAGAACCCCUUGGGACAGCAGCUCAUUUACCCCAUCCACAGCUGCUGAGGGAAGAGUUCUCGAGUAAUUCUUGGGGUGUUCUUACUGAUGGAUUGACCACUGAAAGUCAGGACACUGAGGGUGCUGUGGGUAAAAACUGGGAAGAGAGUUGUCAGAGCAAAGUGAGAGAUUCAGAACAAAAUGUACACAAAGAGAUUCAUCAUCACUUAGCUUCUUUCUCUGAAGACGGCCUCCAAGAUGACUUCUAUGCCUUCACAGCUACAUGGAGGCAAAGUAGCCUGUUGCCAUUAGAACAUUCAACAGAUAAUUCUGAGGAGAGAGAAAGGAAUUUAGGAGUUCCCAGUGGCAAAGUAGCUAUGAUAAGUGACAAAGGAGAAAGGCAGGCUUCCCAGAAAGUUCCACCUUCUCUGGAAAAUCUUCUGGAGGAGGCUAGCAAAAAUUCCAUGGAUGAUAGUCAGGGAGAUUGUGAGUUGGGAGGAAAGCAAAAAGCCUCAACUUUGACAGAUCUUGUUUCAGAGUCUUCAUCACCAAUUCAGGCAGUGGAUGGAGCAUGCCCAGUUAGUUCUGUGGUUCUGGACAAUGUCUGUGUGAUUUCUGAAGAGCUUGGGGCAGACAACAAGAUACAAAAAUUGGAUACAUCUGAAAUAGACACAUCAACUAGCAGCAAUCAGUUUACUUGUUUUGAUGGGAAAAUUCAAGAGAAAAAAGAAGUAAGAAAGAAUGUAGGCUUUUAUAUCCCUAGCAUCCAGAAUUUGAAAGAUUCUAGCAUCCUAGAAUCAUCAGUAGAUCCGAUAGAUGAGAAGGAAGCCUCUACUGCAGUUUCACUAUUUAAAGGGACCUUGAAUAUGGUCUCAGAUGUCUCUGGGAAGAAAAACACCAGCCAUGUAAGUAAAGCAGAGGAAAAAGACCAAUGUACAGAGAUUCACCCCAUUUUGCUUACACAGCUUUUGACUCACCCACAAAUCAUGGAAUCUUCUGUAGAUUCUGCAGAUGGAGCAGAAGUUAUGGAGUGUGUUGGGACAGGAAAAAUAGUGACUUCUGAGACCACACUAGAGGUGAUGUCAGAGGAAAGGAAUUUCAACAAGGAGAGCUUUAAUCAAAAGUUGAAAGUUCCAUGUCAUAAGGAAGCUGAACACCUUGGGGAAGGAAUUCCAUGUGCAGACAAUGGGAGACAAAGACAAAGCCCAGAGACCAUGGAGAGUAACUUAGAUGAGCCAAGCCACAAGGCACAAGACAGUACUAUUGAAUGUAGUUCAGCAUCCCUUGUUCUUUCCAAUAAUCUUGUUGAACUAGUCACUGAUACUUCCAAUGAAAGAGAUACCAAUAGUGCCAUAAGUCAAACACAAGAUGUGCCUAUGAAUGGCUUAGUUGAGCCAAAACAUGAAUGGAUUUGUACUGAUUCAAAGGAAUGUAAAAACACUGAGAAUGAAUAUGUGAAAAAUUUGUCACCUACCUUGCCUCCUUCAAGUGUGCCUGUUGAAUUAACCUUGACUUCAUUUCUAAAGGGAAAGGCCACACAUUUUGCAAAGGAUUGUAAAAUACAAGUGCCCACAACUGGAGAACUCAAAGCCACAGAUUCACUGGGAUCCCCCAUAGAAACUUUGGCAUUCAUUCCAGCAGAAUGUUCUUCCAAAACCAGCCCUAAAUGUCAAGACCAACAUCUACUAAAUCAUUGUCUGAAAGACUCUUUACCAGGAACUGUACAAAAGGCAAGAGAGGAAAAAAAGCAUUGUCAUAUGGUGCCUCCCAAAUCUAAAGUGCUAGAGACUCUGGCAUCAGCAUCUGAGGAAGGAAAUAAAAAGCAAGAAAUGUCCGGGACUGGACAUUUAGCUGAGGGUGUGAAGAAGAAAAUUCUGUCCAAAGUGGCAGCUCUGAAAAUGCGCUUGGAAGAAAAAGAAAGGGCCAGAAAGAACUCUAUUUUUAGUAAAAAGAUUCCUAAACCCGAAACACUGACUCAAAAUGAAGAAAAAAAAGACUCCAAAAGAUUGUCUUGUAAAAGAGAAAGCAAAGCCCCAGUGCUAUUGAAGAAGAUCCAGGCUGAGAUGUUUCCUGAUCAUUCUGGAAAUAUAAAAUUAAGCUGUCAGUUUGCAGAAAUCCAUGAAGACUCCACCAUCUCCUGGACAAAAGAUUCUAAGUUAAUUGCAAGGGUUCAAAGAAGUGCAGGAGAUAAUUCAACUGUGUCCUUGGCCAUUGUUCAAGCAAGUAAAAAAGAUCAGGGAUUGUAUUAUUGCUGCCUCAAGAACAGUUAUGGGAAAGUGACAGCUGAAUUUAACUUCACUUCUGAAGUUCUGGGUCAGCUUUCAAGUCAUCAGGAUAUUAAAGAAUUUGAAGAGAUUGAAUUCAGCCAGCUUAUCUUCAGAGAAGACUUUAUCAGUGACAGCUAUUUUGGGGGCAACCUGCAUGGUCAGAUUGUAACAGAAGAACUCCACUUUGGAGAAGGGGUCCACCGUAAAGCCUUCCGAAGUAAAGUGAUGCAGGGUCUCACUCCCGUGUUCAGCCCUGGCCAUACCUGUGUACUCAAAGUGCACAAUGCAAUUGCCUAUGGGACCAAAAACAAUGACGAACUUGUCAAGAAGAACUACAAACUUGCUGCACAGGAAUGUUAUGUUCAAAAUACUGCCAGACAGUAUGCCAAGAUCUAUGCAGCUGAAGCCCAGCCUUUGGAAGGCUUUGGAGAAGUACCAGAGAUCAUUCCAAUCUUUCUUAUACAUCGGCCUAAGAAUAACAUCCCAUAUGCCACUGUGGAGGAAGAGCUGAUCGGGGAGUUUGUGAAGUAUUCUAUCAGGGAUGGGAAGGAAAUCAACUUUCUGAGAAGAGAAUCAGAAGCUGGUCAGAAGUGCUGCACCUUUCAACACUGGGUGUAUCAGAAAACAAGUGGCUGUCUGCUUGUGACUGAUAUGCAAGGUGUAGGAAUGAAAUUAACUGACGUUGGCAUAGCAACAUUGGCGAAAGGGUACAAAGGUUUUAAAGGCAACUGUUCCAUGACCUUCAUUGACCAGUUUAAAGCCCUGCACCAGUGUAAUAAAUAUUGUGAAAUGCUGGGGUUAAAAUCCCUUCAAAGCAAUAACCAGAAACAGAGAAAACCAGUCAUCGGGAAAGGCAAAGUUCAGCCACCCACUACCCCUGCCAAGAAGGCAGGGACCAAUGCCCCUGCAGAGAAGAAAACAGACUCUACGGUUAAGUCACCUGCUAGCAGAGAGUGACAGAGAAAAGCAGAGGCCUUAUGCAAGAGGGACUUCACAGUCAGUUAUAAGACUGUAGCUAUUCCCAGUUUACAGUGCCUUUAGAUGCUUUGUAAACUAUAACCUUCUGUCCUUAUUGAAAUGUUAGCAGGACCCAUGAAAGACUUAAACUGGAAAACAAACCAAACUGUCCAUCAGAGUGAUAGUCAGUCCUCUCUUUGUCUGAACUUUUCAGUAUUUUUACCAUUGUCACAUCUGUAUGUAUUUGUGGGUUUUGCACAUUGUUGUGCUAUCAAGGACUUGGUGUAAGGUUGGGACUAUCCUUUGUCCUAUGCCUUCUUUAUUUCCCAUUCAGAACUAGACCAGUGAGGUUAUUCAGCUGCUAUAUAAAUUUAAAAUAUGAAUGACUGACUCUAUAUUGAAGUUUUGCACUAGUGUUGGUUACUGGCCUUUUUGAAAUUGUUCAGUAAUGAUGACCUUUUUCAUAAUUAUUUGCACAGUUGUUACCCUUGUGAAACUUUGACAACCAGGUGUACUUUUCUGUUUAAUUAAAUUCCUAUUUAAACAAAAGAAAGUUGUGUG